AUGGGUGCUGCGCAGUGCUCCGCGAGUCACUGCGAUUGUCCCAAAGGGGGAGUGGACAAUGCGUCGGUGGUCGAGGACCGCCUCAAUCCCUCUGCAAAGGUCCUGGCCUCACUGGGGCCUGCUUAUGUCUUCGAGGAUGGGGCGCGCUACAGUGGCCAGUGGCAGAAUGGAAUGAGACAUGGUUUCGGAAUCCACAUCGAAGUAGACGGCUCCACCUACGAAGGAAAUUGGCAGGAUGACAAGGCACAUGGUAGCGGGCGCCUUCAACAUGCAGACGGUGCGUCCUAUGAAGGCGCAUGGCAAGGCAGCAUGAAGCACGGUGAAGGAACCUACGUUCACAGCGACGGAUCCAGGUAUAGCGGCCUGUGGAAGCACGACCUGCAGAACGGACAGGGGACGGAGGUGUGGUCAGACGGUGCGGCCUAUACAGGUCAGUACUUGAACGGCCGCAAGAACGGUCGGGGCAAGUACACCUGGCCGAAUGGGUCUUUCUUCGAGGGCGACUUCCUGGACAACGAUAUACACGGUCAAGGCACCUACACUUGGCCCGAUGGCUGUGUCUAUGAAGGUCAGUGGAUCAAGCAGCAGAUGGAAGGCACCGGUGUGUUCAAGUACCCGGAUGGCCGCGUUUACAAAGGCUCCUAUGUGAAGAGCCAGAAGCACGGCGAGGGCACGCUCCAGUGGCCAGACGGCCGGAAGUUCGAGGGCCAAUGGGCUCUUGGAGAGAUGAACGGCAAAGGGGUCAUGACGGAGACGGACGGCACCCGGCGUGCAACUCGACGGCACUGCUCGGAGGAGGCACUCGUAUACUUGUGGCAUCUUUUGGCAUAG